AUGUCGAAUCCAUACGGGUACACUGCUGACGCUUACCAGCCUCAGCAGCCACAUCUACAACACCCACAACCGCAAUAUACUCAGCCAAUGCAAAUGCCGAAUCAACCGCAACAACCACAGCACCCUCAACAAAGACAGUUUAAUUUUUUGAACGACCCUGCUGCAGCGUUAGCUUCUCAAUUUGCUCGUUCAGGAUUCGAACAAUCGAACCAGUACAUUCAAGACAAUUUCGGUUCAUUUUCAGGCGAUAUCAAAUACUAUUUCCAGGUGAGUAACUCAUAUGUAUUACACAAGAUAUUUCUUAUUUUGUUUCCAUAUAGACAAAAGGAUUGGAAUAGAAUAAGCACAAAGGAAACGGGCAUAAACCAGUUUUUGCCUCCAACUCAUGAUGUCAAUGCUCCUGACUUGUAUAUUCCCUUGAUGUCGUUUGUUACCUAUAUCCUAUUAUGGGCCGCGUUUCAAGGUCUCAAGGGAGACUUUCACCCACAAGUGUUUGGAUACUUGGCAUCUCAAAGCGUGGCAUUCUCAGUAAUAGAUAUUGUGAUUUUCAAAAUCGGAUUAUACUUGUUGAAUUGCUCCCAGAGCAAGGUUUACGAUAUCAUCAGUUUUGCUGGGUACAAGUACGUCAGUAUUGUUGUGUUGUUAUGUUUGAAGCAUUCUGUCGGGACAUAUUUGGGGUGGUUUUACUACUUGUUUGUGUUGGUCCUAAUUGUUAAUUUAUCCAUCUUCUUAAUGAGACUGUUGAGAUUUAUCAUUUUACCCCAGAGUAGUAGUAAUGGCAGCAGUACAGUGAGUAAUACCGUUACUAGCAAGCAGAGAAAAAUCAGAAUACAGUUUUUGUUUGUUUACUCGGUGAUUAUUCAGGGUAUUAUAAUACUUUUCAUGAGCAAAGGGUCCAAUAGCGCUCGAUAUGUCAGUAACAAGGGAGGUGAUCGACAAGGAAGAUUCAAGACUUUUGAGUAUAAGAACAAAGAGCAAGCUUUGGUAGACCCCUAUGUGGCGAAUAAUCCGAUGCUCAAUGACUCUAUACAGAAGAAGGAGUUGGUUUCACGAAUAGACCAUAUAGAUACACUAAUGGGGUUUGAUCGGUUUGAGCAUGGCGAAAAUGAUGGGAAUAAACCAAGGAAAGGAUGGUUGAUCAAUAUGCAUGCAACAACCAUACCGAGCGACAAUUACCUUACGGGCUAUUCUGGUGUUGAUUAUUAUUUCCUAGACGAAGAAGGAGGGAGCUUUAAAUGUACUGUACAGUACGAUCCAUAUUUCUUUAUUGAUACCGUUACUAGUGAAUUUGAAUCUGAAGUCGAGGAAUGGAUGAGAAAAUAUUUGGAAAAUUGCCAUGUGAAGAGCUUUGGAAGGGUCGUAAAGGAAGACUUGUCCUUGCCUAAUCACCUACUAGGGUUGAAGAAAAGUUUAAUCAAGUUGACAUUUCACAAUAUCCAGGAUCUUUUGGCUGCUAGGAGAAUGCUUACUCCUAUCAUAAAAGAUAACCAAAUGAACAAAGAAUCACGAGACAUGUUUAAUUUCAAAACCGAUAUUGAUGCUAGUGAUCCGCUGAAAUUGAUAAGUGACAUUAAAGAAUACGAUGUACCGUACCACGUGAGAGUAGCCAUUGAUAAGCAAGUGAGAGUAGGUAAAUGGUAUAAUGUGUACGCUAAGCAUUCAAAGAUUGAUAUUGUUGAAGACAAGGAACUAAUAGCAUUUGCUGAUCCUGUGGUGUUGGCAUUUGAUAUCGAAACAACUAAAGCACCGUUGAAAUUCCCCGAUUCAAGAAUAGACCAAGUUAUGAUGAUAUCAUAUAUGAUUGAUGGAGAAGGUUUUUUGAUCACAAAUAGAGAAAUCAUCGCUGAGGAUAUUGAGGAUUUUGAGUAUACUCCCAAACCCGAGUAUCCUGGCUUGUUUACCAUUUUUAAUGAGCCCGAUGAAAAACAUGUUUUAUUGAGAUUCUUUGAACAUAUUAGGGAUGUAAGACCAACAGUGAUUGCUACAUUUAAUGGUGAUUUUUUCGAUUGGCCAUUUAUUGAAAACAGAGCAAGAUUUCAUGAUUUGGACAUGUUUGAAGAAAUUGGAUUCGCCAAGGAUAACGAAAAUGAGUACAAGUCAAAAUACUGCGUACAUAUGGAUUGUUUCCGAUGGGUAAAGAGAGAUUCAUAUUUACCACAAGGCUCUCAAGGUUUGAAAGCAGUAACGACGGUGAAAUUGGGCUAUAAUCCAACAGAAUUAGAUCCAGAACUAAUGACGCCAUAUGCAUACGAAAAACCCCAACUUUUAGCAGAGUACUCGGUAUCUGAUGCCGUUGCUACUUAUUAUUUAUACUACAAAUAUGUUCAUCCGUUUAUAUUCUCGUUAUGUACCAUUAUUCCGUUGAAUCCAGAUGAAGUUUUGAGAAAGGGAACUGGUACUUUGUGUGAAAUGUUAUUAUCGGUUCAAGCUUAUGAGGGAAAUAUACUAUUGCCAAAUAAACAUUCUGAUCCAAUUGAAAGAUUCUAUGAUGGCCACUUGUUAGAAUCGGAAACGUACGUUGGUGGUCAUGUUGAAUCAUUGGAGGCUGGAGUGUUUAGAAGUGACAUUGCAACUGAUUUUAAAAUAGACCCAACUGCAAUUGACGAAUUACUCGGCAACCUACACAACUCUAUAAAAUUUUGCAUAGAAGUUGAAAAUAACCGAAAAGUGGAGGAUGUGGAAAACUUUGAAGAAGUUUACGAAAAGAUCAGGUUAGCAUUACUUGAUUUAAAGAAAAAUCCUUUGAGAAAAGAAGAACCUUUUAUUUAUCAUGUUGAUGUUGCUUCCAUGUAUCCAAACAUUAUGACCUCGAAUCGAUUACAACCGGACUCAAUGAAGUCAGAAGAAGAUUGUGCUGCUUGUGAUUUCAAUAGACCUGGUAAGAAUUGUGAUCGGAGAUUGCCAUGGUCUUGGAGAGGUGAGUAUUUUCCUGCCGAAAUGAAUGAGUAUAAUAUGAUUAAGCGAACAUUGCAAAACGAGACAUUUCCAGGUCAGAAACCAUGGUUACCAUCAAGGACAUUUGAUGAACUUUCGUAUGCUGAGCAGGCCUCAGCUAUCAAAAAGAGAAUAAGUGAUUACUCAAGAAAAGUUUAUCACAGAGUAAAGCAAAACCAAGUUAUUACUAGAGAAGCCAUUAUUUGUCAACGAGAGAAUCCGUUUUAUGUUAAUACGGUGAGGAGUUUCAGAGAUAGAAGAUACGAGUUCAAAGGUUUAGCCAAGGUUUGGAAGGGAAAAGUGAAUAAAAUUAACAAAUCGGAUACAAUUGCAAGAGACGAGGCAAAUAAAAUGGUUGUUUUAUAUGACUCAUUGCAAUUGGCGCAUAAAGUUAUUUUGAAUUCAUUUUAUGGAUAUGUCAUGCGAAAAGGAUCUAGAUGGUAUUCGAUGGAAAUGGCCGGGGUUACUUGUCUCACAGGUGCCACAAUUAUACAAAUGGCAAGAGCUUUAGUUGAAAGAAUAGGAAGACCAUUGGAAUUGGACACAGAUGGUAUAUGGUGUAUCUUACCGAAAUCUUUUCCCGAUAAUUUCAACUUAAAAUGCAAAGAUGGCAAAAAGAUUUUUUUAGAGUACCCUUGUUCUAUGUUGAAUUAUUUAGUUCAUCAACAAUUUACUAAUGAUCAGUAUCAGGAUUUGGUUGAUUCUGAUACAUUUAAAUACAGUACCAGGUCGGAUAAUUCCAUUUUUUUUGAAGUUGACGGACCUUACAAAGCGAUGAUUUUACCCACUUCAAAAGAAGAAGGCAAAGGUUUGAAAAAAAGGUAUGCUGUGUUCAAUGAGGAUGGUUCUUUGGCUGAAUUGAAAGGAUUUGAGUUGAAAAGAAGAGGAGAAUUGCAAUUGAUCAAGAAUUUCCAGUCGGAUAUUUUCAAAUUGUUUUUAGAAGGAGAUUCUUUAGAAACGUGUUAUCAAGCUGUGGCCACCGUUGCCAAUAAUUGGUUGGAUGUGCUUGAUACGAGAGGUGGUAUGUUGGAAGAUGAGGAUCUAAUUGAAUUAAUUUGUGAAAAUAGAAGUAUGUCAAAGAGUUUGGCUGAAUACGGUAAUCAAAAAUCUACUUCCAUAACUACCGCCAAGAGAUUAGGUGAAUUUUUAGGAGAAGAUAUGGUUAAAGAUGCUGGAUUAGCUACUAAAUAUGUCAUUAGUGCAAAGCCAAUAGGAGCACCAGUUACUGAGAGAGCCAUCCCCGUGUCCAUUUUUUCUUCUGAAAAGAAAGAAUUAUAUAUGAAGAAAUGGCUAAAAGAUCCAUCAAUGACGAAAUUCAGCCCUAGAGAUGUAAUUGAUUGGGACUAUUAUUAUGAAAGAUUAGCAUCUGUUGUUCAAAAGAUUAUCACCAUUCCCGCUGCAUUACAAAAUGUUAAAAACCCAGUGCCUAGGGUUCCUCAUCCUGACUGGUUGAAGAAAAGAAUUGAAAAUAAGGACAGUUCGAAACAACAAAUUUCGAUUGGUAAAUUUUUCACUGCCGGAAGUAAGAAUGAAAGUAAAGUUAAAGAUAUUGAAGAUUUUGGUGAUAUUGACACCGAGGCUGCAGUCAAGGCUAAAAUGAUGAGUAUGGUAAAAUCCAAGAAAAGAAAAGCAGGGAGAGCCAAUUUGGUAUAUGAUUCUGAAGAGGAAGAGAAAAAUCAGGCUCUUUUGAGUGGUACUUGUCCUUCCAUAACAGAAGAUUAUUGUGGAUUUUUAGAGUAUCAAAAAGCAAAAUGGUCAAAUCAAGCUCAAGGAAGAGAAAGGAGAAAGAAGUUAUUUGGUUCACAAGCCCAAUCUUCUCAAAGGUCAACAGUAGGUGGCAUGUUCAAGAAACAAGCCGAGACUAUUGCCGGUACAAAUUGGGAAAUUUUGGAAUACAAAUUGGAUCCAAUGAAACCUGGUGACUUGAAGGUUUAUGUUUCAGCAAAUGGAAGAAUACAUACAUUUAAUUUCCAUGUGCCAAAGAAAAUAUAUGUUACGUUUAAGACUCCAUUUUCUUCAAGACAAACUAUUUCAGGGUGUGAAAUUGAGAGUUCAAAUAGCAUACUACCUAAUGGGCAUGAUGGAUCUCAUUUGUACAAGUUUACCAUGCCGCAAUCAGUUUAUCAAGAACAAAUGUCAAACGUUGAAAGUGUAUUACAAAGAUCCAAUAUUUUGGGUAUUUAUGAAAGCGGAAUUAGUGCUAUUGAAAGAGCAGUAAUUGAAUUGGGAAACACUGUGAGGUUUGAUGAUACGAAAGUCGGUGUACUAGGUAAAGGAUUGAAAAAUGGAUUCAACAUGAAGGAGUUAUGGAAGAUCCAAAAUGAUUCAUAUUUGAGAAAAUUCGAUAUGGAUAUUGUUUAUCUUCUUCACAUUGUGGCCAAUGAAUACGAAUAUUUUACAGUAUUCAAAAGCUGGGAAAACCAUAGUUCUAUGUUUGUUUUGAAGCCUUCUGCCAUUGCGCAAGAAUUGCCCAAUAACAAUCACAAAAUAUAUAGAGAAGUUUUCCAGGAUAAACGCGAGAAAUUGGAUAGAGUGAGAAACAUUUUAAAGUAUCCUGAGGAGAUGUCGUUUGAAACGCUAUAUUAUCAUGAUAAGAGUAAGCUUUUGAAAAAAUUGAAUCAAACGAUUAGCAAAUUGCACGAAAGUAGAAGCAGUAAAGCAUUGUUUGCUAUACAAUCACCGUAUACAAAUAAGGUUUUGAACAGUUUAAGUUCAACAUUUGAUUUCCCUACAGUGAAAAUGACAGUAAGUGAACUUACCCUUCCAGCUGUGGGCUGGCAAGUUUUAAUCUCCAAGAGAGUGAUUAACCAUUACUUUGUUCUUGGUUCAUGGAUUCAAAAUCUCAUUUCUCUUGCAAAGUACGGUGGCAUACCAAUUUGUAAUGUACAAAUUGAAAAUAUUGGGUACCUUAUUGAUGUUGAAUAUGCUAGGAGAUUAACUGAAAAUAAUAUUGUUUUAUGGUGGUCGCCCAAUCCAUUACCCGAUCAUGGUGGGUUUGAGAGUGAUUGUGGUGUAAAUGUGGAAAGUUUAAAGUUUCCAACUAUAAAUAAUCCUGAGAUAUAUGAAACAGCUUGUUUGGAAGUUGAAAUUGGAACUCUCACCAUUAAUACCAUUUUGACAAGUUCGCUCAUUAAUGAAGCAGAGGGUACUGAUUUAGCUGAAGAUUCAGUACUGUAUGAUGAUAAUAAUAAUGGGGCAUCUACAUUUGCUGUUGAUUCUUUCUCAAUACCAGCGUUAUUGAUUUUGAAAGGUAUGGUGAAAGAUUGGUGGGAUGAUGCUUUGCAAAAUAAUACCAAUGCGGAUUCUAUCAUGAACGCAUUAAUUACAUGGGUUCAAAGAAAGGAUUCCUUUAUGUAUGAUCCUUUGUUGCAUUAUCAUGUACACAAUUUAAGUUGUAAGGCAUUAUUACAAUUGGUUAACGAGUUUAGAAAAAUCGGAUCUCAAGUUGUAUUUGCCAAUAGAACAAAAUUGAUCAUUCAAACAUCCAAGAUUUCAGUAGAAAACUCAUAUGCUUAUGGUCAAUAUGUUUUAAAAGCUGCUAGAUCGAAGCCACUUUUUAAUUUCCUUGACUUGAAGAUUAUUAAAUAUUGGGACAUAUUAAUAUGGAUGGAUGAGUAUAAUUAUGGUGGACGAAGUUGUACCGAGAUUACUAAUAAUGACCAGCAGGAUUUGAUUGUGGAAAAUGUAUGGCAGUUGAAGAAAUAUUUACCGAUUGUGUUUCAAAACGAAUUUGAGGAUUGGAUUUUGAUAUUUUUGGAUUCAUUGCUUCAACACAAACUAGCAAUGUUAACUGGAACCCAGUCUGGUACUCCAAGAGUUACUCAAAUUCUCCAUAUUUUAAACGGGCAAAGAAAUAAGCUUCAUAAAACCAAACGAGGAGGAACAAAAGAAGGAGGAGGAGGAAGAGGAGGAAGAGAACAAGAAGAAGAGGAAGGGGAGGAAGGGGAGGAGGAGGAGAACAAGAAUGCAGAGGAUCUUGCAAAUGGAGUUGUUGAGAAAUUUAGAAAACCGUUACUCAAGAGGAUUGAAAAAUUGUAUCGUCGACAAAUUGAUGCUAUACUAAACCCUGAAUUCAAGCAGGAAUACGAGUUCCCCAUGUUACCUGGAUCUCAUUUACCAAUGAGAAACCCUGCUUUGGAGCUUGUCAAGUUCAUUUGUGCCGUGUUUGCAUUGUCCAAAAAGAGAAACAUUGAAAUGCGAGUUUUGAGGAAAGAAUUGCUACAAAUUUUUGACAUAAAGGAGUUUAGCGACCAAGCGCAAUUCAACAAUCCAAGCACCUCGUUGAUUGUGCCCCAUGUAAUAUGUGACUAUUGUAAUCAAAUCCGUGAUAUUGAUAUUUGUCGCGAAGAAGAACCAAAAGUGUGGAAUUGCACCUCAUGCAACAAGCCAUAUAACAAAAUCGCUCUAGAAGAGGAAAUCAUUGCCCAGUUCACUCAAGUACUUGUCAGUUUCUAUGAUCAAGACUUGAAAUGUAACAAGUGUCUGACAAUAAGAAAACGCAAUUUGGACUUGUUCUGUAAAUGCUCGGGCCUGUGGGUCGAAACCGUGAGCUAUACAGAAGUCGAUAGUAAGGUGCACGUGUUCAAUAACGUCUCCAAGUUUUACAACUUGCAGCUUUUAAAAGGAUGGAUAGAAGAAUGCUUGUAG